UACAGUCACAGAGACGCUGAAGCGGCAGCAGCAGCAGCCUGAACCGGAUCCAAUGCAGACAGCGUGUGCGGAUUCGAGGGUGCCAGAGCCCGCUCCAGGAAGCCUUGGCAACGCAGGAGGCCCCAGGAGAGGCUCGCAAAACAAUACGGCUGUCGAGGAGUUUGCCCAAAACAUGUCAGAGAGUAUAAUAGAGUCAUUUAUGAGCCAAAACAGGGCUGAUUUUAACCAAAACUGCGAGAUAUUGGGAGAAAAACUAGCAUCCGUGGUGAUCGAAUGUGCCAUGAUGGAAGCGAGCAGAGGCGGACGUGUGACGGACCGCACAGCGAGGCCCGAGCCGGAUCCGGCCUUCGCAGACGAAGCUGGAAGUGAGGACGGUCUGUGGGAGCCAGACGGACGGGUCGAUCCCGUGUCGGAGCUCCAGACCUCCGCACUCGGCUGUCCGCCGCUAUCCCAGGCGGGCCUCCCCGCCGUGGGCUCCCUGGACUACCCCGACGCCCCGCCGACCACGCCGCUCCUCCCCGAGCUCCAGAAGAGCAGGAAGAGCUUCUCGCAGAAGCUGAAGGGAGGCCUGGCGAAGGUUUUCCAGCCCUCGCCUCCUCCGCCGACGCCCAAGGACAGCGAGGGCGGCUCGCACGACGCCAUGGACGACCAUCAGGCAGAGCUGGAGCGCCUCAUGGACUCUCUGUCCACAGACGAUUUUGAAGAACGCUCACAGCUCGGGACCAGAGUGGAAGACUUUGCCGAAGCCCUCUCCUUUGAAAUCAUGGAGUGUGUUUUAGGGUUGAGGGACGGCGAGCAGAUAGCGGAGGAGGUCGACCUUCAUCUUCUUGCGCAGCGCAUGGCUGAAAGCAUCAUCGCUUCAUCGCUCGACGCUGCCAGCAUGUGUGUGUAGGAUCCUGAGAGUGUGUGUUGUGAAGGGCACAUACAGUCAGUGCUGUGAAAGUUAGCAAAGAUUAUUACAAAUCAAUAUAUUUAAAAAUGUCUGACACCCCUGGAUCACUGUCCCUUCAAUAGUACAAAUAUUUAUGAAAUUAAAAGUUAUUUAAUUUGUACUCCGAGACUGAAUAAUAAGCAUAUAACUAUAUUAUUGAAGUUUUGUUGUGAUGUUGCCUUAAUAAAGUUUAAAGUUUUUUUAAUCAUAGUUGCAGAUUUUAUAUAAAUGUACCAAAAGUCACGUGAAGACGCUCUGAUGUGUGAAAUCUGAAGUUUAUGCUGAUCAUUGCUCUCACUCACUCUACAAAUUCCCAUUUCUGUGAAGAUAAAUAGAAGUGGAGAAUGUACAUAAAUGUAUUUUUGCAUUGUUUUGGGGACAUUACUAAUUCAUAAAAACAGUGUGAUGUUUCCUAAUAUGAUCAUAAGAGCAUCUUUAACAGAUGGUUUCACCUCAAAGUGGAUGAAUACUUUGUUUUUUCUCUGUAUCUAACAGCAGUAACCACAUUUAUCCUUUAGAUGGCAGCACAGGAGAAAGCUUUGUGUUAAUCCAGGUUUAAAUGGAUGUUUCCUUCCCAUCAGUUUUUAGUUGAUAUUUUGUCAUCAGCUUGUAUUUUUAAGCUGAACAAACUAUAUUUUAUUAAUCCCCCUAGGAAUGUUAUUUCUCCCUGCAUUGACUAAUCCUGUUUCUAUGAUCUGACUUAUUUGGGUCAAUUCUCUCUGAAUCAGCUUCAGUGUUUAUACAUUGAGAGUGAUUAAAUCCGUCAGGAUAACUUGAUGUUCUGGCUUAUUGAACACUCAUUUCUGUACCGACUGAGAUCAGAUCUGAAACGAGAGUGAGCCGCAGUCCUCAAACAAACGCUGAUGUGACUUCGACUCUUUAUUUUCUCCUGUCCUCAACAGGCUGCCAAACCCCGAGCAGCAGAAGUUUGGUUGAGCUUUCAAACAAGAGUUUCCAUUACAGAGUUUUAUUGUUCUGCUUAUUCGGGGCUGUUUUAUGGGUCAUCUGCUCGGCCCCUCACACGUCUUCAGUCUUCAGAUCACUGCGGUAAUGAU